CCUUCCUGGCGUCGACUCUCAACGCUUUUAGUUGUAACUUGCUCUACUGUAGAAUGUCGCCACGACUGAAGCCCUUACGGAGAGGCAGACGCCCACCGACCAAGUUUGGUUCAGGGAGGGGAGUGGCGGACACGGCUAGAAUGGGAGAGGAAACCCAACAGGAGAUAACGGGAGCAUGGACAUCACUGAAGAAGGACUACAACAUGAUAGUCAUCCCUGCAUACCUCUAUGAGGCUGACGCUCACUAUUUGUGCUUGCAUGAUUUCCGAUUUCCCAAUAUUGAUCCUGAACGCCGACUAAAACGGGUUGCUUGGAGGCGUCAGAACAAAUACGGUUCUCCCUGGAAUUCAACUGGCAAGAACAUUUACCUUUGUGCACAUCGAGACUGUGGCGAUUUUUCAUUGCUUCACGAGUAGCAGUUGAUUUGGAAUAUGAUCUUCACUGAAGAUAAACUACAAAAUAUUAGUCAUCCCUGCCUACCACUAUGAGACUUACGAUCCCUGUUUGUGCUUGCAUGGUAAAAUAGAACACCUUGUUUACUGUUUUUGUUUGCUAAUGC